AUGAACGGAGAUGAAUCAACCCCGCGCUUCAACCCUCAAGGGAUUCCGGCUGCACCCAUUGACCCUCUAUACAGCCUGGUGAGCGCAUACGAAGCGGACACGUCAGCCAACAAGGUAGAUCUAGGAGUUGGCGCCUACCGAGACGAAAAUGCGAAGCCCUGGAUCCUCCCGGUUGCAACGGAGAUUUAUAAUAAAGACACCACCCAGGAUCAUGAAUACAUUCCUAUCGCCGGGCUUCCAGAAUUUAACUGUGCGGCCCAGAGUCUGAUCCUUGGGGCAGACUCCAUCGCGAUCAAGGAGAAGCGAGUUUGCUCUUUUCAAGCGAUCUCUGGCACCGGGGCUUUACAUCUCGGAGGGCUCCUUAUAUCAAAAUUCACGCCCCGACCUAGCCCUCUCGUUUAUAUUUCCUCUCCUUCAUGGCCAAUUCAUGACCAGCUUUUCGCCACGGUCGGCCUCCCUGUGAAGCACUAUCCUUAUUUCCGCAAAGACACCAAAACCUUUGACUCCAAGGGUAUGAGAGACGCCUUGAACAGUGCUCCGAACGGAAGCAUUGUCGUCCUGCAUGCCUGCGCUCAUAACCCGACGGGCGUGGACCCAACGGAGGACGAGUGGAAGGAGAUAGCACAGGUUAUGAAAGCCAGGGAUCUCUUCCCUUUCUUCGACUGUGCCUAUCAAGGCUUUGCGACCGGGUAUCUUUCGCAGGAUAACUUUGCCAUUCGACACUUCGUCGACCAAGGGUUCCAGCUAGCCAUUGCUCAGUCCUUCGCCAAGAACCUUGGUCUCUAUGGCCAGCGAGUCGGCGCUUUCCACUUCGUCACUGCGCCUGGUGUUGAUGCCCAAUCGACGACACAGCAUGUUGCCUCUCAACUCUCUGUUCUGCAACGCUCGGAAAUCUCAAGUCCUCCGAUCUUUGGUGCUCAGAUUGCAUCUGUUAUUUUGAAUGACCCGCAGCUGUUUGCCGAAUGGGAAGAGGAUUUGCUCACCAUGUCUGGCCGGAUCAAGAAAAUGAGAAAGUGCCUCAAGGAAGAGUUAGAUUGCUUGGAGACUCCUGGAACAUGGGACCAUAUUGUCAACCAGAUUGGCAUGUUCAGCUUUACGGGGUUAACGCAUGAUCAGGUGCUGGAGCUGCGAGAGAAAUGGCAUGUCUAUAUGGCCGAAACCGGUCGAAUCAGUGUAGCUGGCCUGAACGAUAAGAAUGUUGCGUAUUUCGCGCGCGCGGUUGAUGAUGUGACGCACGCCAACAUGGACAAGCAAAGCAAAAUCGUCAUUAUCGGAGCUGGGAUCUUCGGUCUUUCCACGGCCUACCAGCUUGCAUCUGAGGGCUACCGGAAUUUGGUUGUCCUCGACCGACACAUGCCUCCUGUUAGAAAACUAUCCGCGCUCUUUACUACGUGAUGCCCAUAUUCUCAGGUCCCCGACGGAUCAAGCUCAACGACGGGGAGAAAAAGGGUAAAUGAACAAAGUGAAAUAGCAGAG